AUGGCGGAGGCAGACUUUGAAAUCGACUUUUACGGUGAUGCCACGAACGAGCAGCCGCAGCCAGAGGAGCAAGGGAGCAAUGAACGUAACGAAGGUGACCAGCAUGUACAAGAAGAACCAAAUGCCGCUCAUGUCGAAACGGACGGCAACUGUCAGAACCGCGACAGUCACCCUGUGAAAAGUGAAGAAGAAAGCAUUCAUCACGGGACGAAGCGAAAACCAGAGGAAGACCAUCGCCCAGUGGACUCAAAUUCAACAGCUGCCAUCAUGAUUUCCGAGCUCAACUGGUGGACAACCGAUGACGAUAUCCGUGGUUGGAUGCGCAAGGCAGAGUGCGAAGACGAAGUCAAGGAGCUGACGUUUAGUGAACACAAGGUCAACGGGAAGAGCAAAGGGCAAGUGUAUGUUGAACUCGAAUCCCGCCAAGCCGCGACAGCCGCGAAGCGCUUCAUGGAUAAGCUAGCGUCGGAUGGUGGGCAGGCGGCCAAAAAACUGUCGACAUCAUACUGGAACGCGAGCAUGAAUCCUUUCAAGACGUUACCAAAAGACGCACCCGCGAGAGGCAAAGACCAGCAACCACGAACCACGCCAGCAGCGCCAUACAAUGAACGUGGCAAUUACAGCGGCGGGUUCCGUGGUCGUGGUGGCUUCGGCAUCAAUCGAGGAAACAUGAAUCAAAACAAUUACAACCUGAACAACCCCAACCGCAACUUCAACAACAACAGCAGCAACAUGGGAUUCAACAGCAACAUGGGCGGCGGGUUCAAUGGGCCCAUGGGCGGCGGAAACUUUGGCUUCAACAACCGCGGAAACAUGAUGGGCGGCGGCAUGCGCGGUGGCCCUGCUGGCAUGCGAGGCAACCGAGGCGGAGGCAACAUGAUGGGAAUGGGGCCAAUGGGCGGAAUGCCCAUGGGAAUGCCAGCAAACAUGGGCAUGAUGGGCAUGGGUGGCGGAAUGCCUGGCUUCCAGGGUAUGGCUCCCAACUUUGGAGCCGGCUUUGGCUUUGGACAGAAUCAAGGGGGAGGAGGGAGUGGUGACUGGGGCAAUCCUCACGGAGCUAAGCGACCUCGACCAGAGUGA